CAGACCACGGUGCCGCCGGCGGGGCUCAACUUCAACCGUUUCACGGAGGACUCGCUGCUGCGCCACGCGCAGUUCGUGGUGGAGCAGGUGGAGAGCUACGACGAGGCCGGCGACAGCGACGAGCCCCCGGUGCUCAUCACGCCCUGCAUGAGGGACCUCAUCAAGCUGGCCGGCGUCACCCUGGGCAAGAGGCGCGCCGUGCGGCGCCAGGCCAUCCGCCACCCCACGCGCAUCGACAAGGACAAGGGUCCCACCAAGGCCACCACCACCAAGCUGGUGUACCUCAUCUUUGACACCUUCUUCUCGGAGCAGAUCGAGAAGGACGAGCGCGAGGAGGACAAGGAGAACGCCACCAAGCGCCGGCGCUGCGGCGUCUGCGAGGUGUGCCAGCAGCCCGAGUGUGGCAAGUGCAAGGCGUGCCAGAACAUGGUCAAGUUCGGGGGCAGCGGCCGCAGCAAGCAGGCGUGUCUGCAGAGGAGGUGUCCCAACCUGGCGGUGCGGGAGGCAGAUGAGGAUGAGGAGGUCGAUGACAACAUCCCCGAGAUGCCCUCACCCAAGAAGAUGCUCCAGGGCCGCAAGAAGAAGCAGAACAAGAGCCGGAUCUCCUGGGUUGGGGAGCCCAUCAAGAGCGAUGGCAAGAAGGAUUAUUACCAACGCGUCUGCAUCGACUCCGAGACCCUGGAGGUCGGCGACUGCGUGUCCGUGAGCCCCGAUGACCCCACCAAGCCCCUCUACCUGGCCAGGGUGACGGCCAUGUGGGAGGACAGCAGUGGCCAGAUGUUCCACGCCCACUGGUUCUGCCCGGGCUCGGACACCGUCCUGGGGGCCACCUCGGACCCUCUGGAGCUGUUCCUGGUGGACGAGUGCGAGGACAUGCAGCUGUCCUACAUCCACGGCAAGGUCAACGUCAUCUACAAGGCGCCCUCGGACAACUGGGCCAUGGAGGGCGGGCUGGACACGGAGAUCAAGAUGGUGGAAGACGAUGGGAGGACCUACUUCUACCAGAUGUGGUACGACCAGGAGUACGCGCGCUUCGAGAGCCCGCCCGGCACGCAGCCCACCGAGGACAACAAGUACAAGUUCUGCAUGAGCUGCGCGCGCCUGGACGAGGUGAGGCACAAGGAGAUCCCCAAGGUGGCCGAGCCGCUGGAGGAGGCCGACGGCAAAAUGUUCUACGCCGUGGCCACCAAGAACGGCGUCCAGUACCGGGUUGGGGACGGCGUCUACCUGCUGCCAGAUGCCUUCUCCUUCAGCGUGAAGCCGGCCAGCCCGGCCAAGAGGCCCAAGAAGGAGGCGGUGGACGAGGAGCUGUACCCCGAGCACUACCGGAAGUACUCGGAGUACAUCAAGGGCAGCAACCUGGACGCGCCCGACCCGUUCCGCGUGGGCCGCAUCAAGAGCAUCUUCUGCAGCCUCCGUGGCAACGGCAAACCCAACGAGGCCGACAUCAAGCUCUGCAUCUACAAGUUCUACAGGCCCGAGAACACCCACAAGUCCACCAAGGCGAGCUACCACGCCGACAUCAACCUGCUCUACUGGAGCGACGAGGAGGCCACCGUGGAGUUCCGGGCGGUCCAGGGCCGCUGCUCCGUGGUCUACGGCGAGGACCUGACCGAGAGCAUCCAGGACUACUCGGCCGGGGGCCUGGACCGCUUCUACUUCCUGGAGGCCUACAAUGCCAAAACCAAGAGCUUUGAGGAUCCUCCCAACCACGCCCGGAGCUCCGGGAACAAAGGGAAGGGGAAGGGGAAAGGGAAAGGGAAGGGCAAGGGGAGGGCGGCGAGUGCGGAGCCGAGCGAGCAGGAGCCGGCCAAGCUGCAGGUGCCCAAGCUGAGGACUCUGGACGUCUUCUCUGGCUGUGGAGGCCUCUCCGAGGGCUUCCACCAGGCAGGGGUCUCGGAGACGCUCUGGGCCAUCGAGAUGUGGGAGCCGGCGGCGCAGGCGUUCCGCCUCAACAACCCCGGCACCACGGUCUUCACCGAGGACUGCAACGUGCUCCUCAAGCUGGUCAUGGCCGGCGAGAAGACCAACUCCUUGGGCCAGAAGCUGCCCCAGAAGGGCGACGUGGAGAUGCUCUGUGGUGGCCCCCCGUGCCAGGGCUUCAGCGGCAUGAACCGCUUCAACUCCCGCACCUACUCCAAGUUCAAGAACUCCCUGGUGGUCUCCUUCCUCAGUUACUGCGAUUAUUACCGGCCGCGCUUCUUCCUGCUGGAGAACGUCCGGAAUUUCGUGUCCUUCAAGAGGUCCAUGGUGCUCAAGCUGACCCUGCGCUGCCUGGUGCGCAUGGGCUACCAGUGCACCUUCGGGGUGCUCCAGGCCGGGCAGUACGGCGUGGCGCAGACGCGGCGCCGUGCCAUCGUGCUGGCGGCGGCGCCGGGCGAGAAGCUGCCCAUGUUCCCCGAGCCCCUGCACGUCUUCGCGCCGCGCGCCUGCCAGCUCAGCGUCGUGGUGGACGACAAGAAGUUCGUCAGCAACAUCACCCGGACGUACUCGGGCCCGUUCCGCACCAUCACGGUGCGGGACACGAUGUCGGACCUGCCGGAGAUCCGGAACGGCGCCUCGGCCCUGGAGAUCUCCUACAACGGCGAGCCCCAGUCCUGGUUCCAGCGCCAGAUCCGCGGCUCCCAGUACCAGCCCAUCCUCAGGGAUCACAUCUGCAAGGACAUGAGCGCGCUGGUGGCGGCGCGGAUGCGGCACAUCCCGCUGGCGCCCGGCUCCGACUGGCGGGACCUGCCCAACAUCGAGGUGCGCCUCUCGGACGGCACCAGCACCAGGAAGCUGCGCUACACCCACCACGAGCGCAAGAACGGCCGCAGCAGCUCCGGCGCCCUGCGCGGCGUCUGCUCCUGCGCCGAAGGGAAGCCGUGCGACCCGGCCGACCGGCAGUUCAACACGCUCAUCCCGUGGUGCCUCCCGCACACCGGCAACCGGCACAACCACUGGGCCGGGCUCUACGGGCGCCUGGAGUGGGACGGCUUCUUCAGCACCACCGUCACCAACCCCGAGCCCAUGGGCAAGCAGGGCCGGGUGCUGCACCCCGAGCAGCACCGCGUGGUCAGCGUGCGGGAGUGCGCGCGCUCCCAGGGCUUCCCCGACACCUUCCGGCUCUUCGGCAACAUCCUGGACAAGCACCGGCAGGUGGGGAACGCGGUGCCCCCUCCCCUGGCCAAGGCCAUCGGGCUGGAGAUCAAGGCCUGCGCUGCGGCCAAGCUGCGCCAGGACACGGCCGGUCCCCGCGCUGUCCCGGAGCCGUCGGGCGCCGCCUGAGCCGGAGCGGAGCCGGGGGGGGGGGGUGGAGGCUUUGCCUUUUUUUGCCUUUUUUGCCUUUUUUUCCCAUUUUCCCCUUUUUAUUCCCCUUUUUUUUUCUUUUUAUUCCCUUUUUUU